UCGUCGCAUAGAGCGACACACGUAGCGCGCGUCGUAUUUCAAAAUGGCCGCUAUCGACAUGUUGUCGUCGGAACAAAUAUUUUACGGGUGCAGCCCGCCAGCCGGUUUCCUAACAGACUAUUCAGCUCCCGUUAGAAGACCAACAAAACUAACAACUAGAGGUUACUCGGCGCCCUCUCUCUCUGUGCUAAAACCGGUGCAAUUGUCAUUAAAAUCAUCAGCUCCGAGAAGUUGCAUACGGUUAUCAACGGAGAAGAAGCAAAAACGCGUAGUGUUUGCGGACGACAGAGGUUACGCGUUGGAACAUGUGAAGGUUAUGACGGAGCCGUCCCAUGUACCACCAUACUGGGCUCUGAUGAUUGUUGCCAGUCCACCAUUGGAAAGAAAACCUUCACUGGUUGACACUUGGGAUGUGCGGUUCCCGCAACCCGCCUCCGAUUACUUAGAAUUCAGAAGGAGAAUAACGGAAAACUAUGUCGCGCUGGAGAAUGUGAUUGUCAAACACAACGAAGGCGCCGUGGAUGGUACUGUCAAAGUGAAGAACUUGGAUUUCGCGAAGGAAGUCUUAAUACGCGCAUCAUCAGACGGGUGGAGUACCCACGAGGACACAUAUUGUGCGUUCGUUGAAUCUGGGCCUUUAAACACGAGUGGUGUAUCAAUUUACGACACUUUUGGUUUCCGUUUGCAGCUACCCAUACAUUCGAGGAAGUUAGAUUUCUGUGUGUGCUUCCGCUGCAAAGAUAAGGAAUAUUGGGAUAAUAGGAACGGCGAAAAUUUCACGAUAGAAAAGUCGUCAGUGAGAAAAACCCCAGCGAUAUCGUGUGCUAGGAUUAAUUAUGGUAAUUCGUGGAGUGGUUCAGUCGUGGGUCACACGCCGUAUUGGUGAAUUGUGUGUGUGGAUUUUGUGUUAAAGUUUUGUGAAUUGUGCUAUGGUAAGUCCAAUUCAGAGACGGUAAGAUUAUUACUUUUAACUCGUGAAUUGAAUGGUUUGGAGAGGAGUAACCCUUGCAUGAAUCUUGCUCUGACAGUCAUGAUAGGAAUGUAGUUUUUAUGACUAAAGAUCUCUGGUUUUGAUGAGAUUUAUAUGUAAUUAGAUUUCGUUGAUUAAUAAUAAGCAAGUUCAAAAACAAAACUGUAGAUCUAUUUACUAUUUUUGGGGCUAAUGAGAUACAAUCAAUAAUAAAAUAUCAAUCAAUUUUAUUAACGUUUUUAGACGAAAUAUAUGAAAUUAAGGUAUUCUGAAAAUUGUAUUGAAAUUUUUACGCUCUCACAAUGGUAAAAAAUUGGUAUAAAUCAUAAAAUAUAUCCAAAAUCAUUAAAUUUAAUAUUGGGUUAUUCACUUCUACAGAUAAUAUCCAAAUGCUAAUUAAUACAUACAAAAGGAUCCCUGGAAAACCAAUU